UAGAAGUUGACAUAGUAAAAAAAAGAGAGACCACUCGACGUCAGUUAUCGAGUGCCAGUCAAAUCGAUUGGGUUUUUUUUAUUUUGUCAAUAAACUCGAGUGAUCCAAAACGCGCCAUAAGAAAAAUCAUGACGGAUCCGAUUGUUUACAUCCGAAUCUUGUGCCGCGUGUUGGUACUCGUGCCGCUCAUCUGCCUCAUACACGUAUCUUUCGCUAUCGAGUACCGCACCGUACUAUCGACCCAACGAAUAACUCACAUCGACAACGACUACGUCGACUUUGACGUGCGUUAUUUCGGCGACGAGGGCACACCUUACCUGACGCUCAAACAAACCAUAACGCCUUACAACGAUUUACAUAUAAUGCUGUACGCGAAAUCGUACGAUCAAGCGCCGAUAUUGAUGAGCAAAGCACCGCUGAGCCUGUGCCAAUCGCUUCACGAGCGACGACUGCAGCAUGAGUCGCAGCAGCAGCAGCACGAGGCCUCAGUUGACGCGGCAGCAGCAGCCUCUGGCAGUUUACCCGGUAAAAAUCACAGCUCCAGUCGAGAUCCACUCGAGCGAUUCGACCUGCCGCAAAUAUUUAAUUUAGCCGGCAAGACCUGUCCCAUCGCCAAGAAGGAGCGCGUUCGCCUAUCGCCGUACAUUUUGCCGGCAAAGUUCAGCAGCGACGUCGAUCUCGGCUGCGGUUACAAAAACAUCGAGGCCCGAUUGAUGAAAUGCCGCGAGCUCCCGGACGAUCCGGCCAUAGCCACGGAGUGCGAGACUCUGAUGAGGAGCGUCUCCCUGACGCAGAUCUACACCGACGGCUGCACCGACGAGGUCAUAGCCGAGGGUUGGCUCGCCAAGCAGUUGCAGUUAUCGUCGGCGCUCGAGUACAUCACCAGCGUGCACACCAGGAUAAUAGCUUACUUUCGAUCGUAGCAAUAAAGUAUCCGUGCUUUGAGCAAUUUUGA